AUGCAAGGCAAGACCGGGUCAAGACCACGCGGCCCCUCCAUCAGCGGCGAGAGCAUGACGACACUGUUCACCGACGAUCCAUUGAUGCACGGCCUGGCCCUGUUCGGGAAUGGAGGCCAACUGGGGUUGUUGUCGCACACCCCGCCCAACUUCACCCCGGGUUCGUACGAGGUAUCGCACAUGAAGCGGGCGCGCGCCGGGAGCAUUUCCGGGCGGCUGCGCUCGGCGUCGGACCUGGAAGAAAAGGGCUUGAUAGACAAGAGCCAGAAGGGGGUCCUCAAGGACCUCAUAAUCAGCGGCGACUCGCAGCUGCAAACAGCGCUUGACCUCUACGACAACGGGGAUGCGUCCCAGCUCGAAGCUCUAAUGGAGAACGGCUUGCUCGACCGGCGGGAGUCCUUCGAUCUCCUCGACAACCUCGACUUCGGGAUCAUGGAGCUGGGCAUGUCCGAUGAAGAGCCCUCUAGUCACAGCGGCGCCGAGAGCGCGGCGGUCGAGCCUGUGCCAGACGGCCCCGACGAACAUGAAGCUCAAGCAGGCUCUAGCAAACCCACGGUGCCCCCGCCCCCCCUGCCAACCACCGCAUCGGCCGCCACCGACAAGGCCGCCGUCAUGACCGGCGUAAAAACGAGGGCGUUCCGAAAUAGCGGGGCAAGCGAGGAGGGGGGGCCGGCGCCAGCGUCGUCUGUCGGCGGCGGGGAGAAGGUUUCGACGCAGGAAGGCGGUGAUGGCGUUCAGGGCGGGGGGGUCGCGGUGAGAAGUAUCGGCGGCGGCGGAGGGCCCGCCGGCGGCGGGAACGGAGCUCAGGACAGCGAGCACGAAGUUGACUUGGCCGGCGAGGGUUCGGGUCAGUUCGACAUCGGCGAAAUGGCUUUCGACGCAACUUUCGAUCACGACUACGGCGAACAGGAGGACGACGACGUUGACAUGAAGGACGGGAGCGGACAACUGCCCUCCUCCUCCUCGACCAGGGCAGCCGCCGCCGAUGCCGCCGCCGCCGCGGCCGCAGUGAGCACGGCCGUGGGACCGCUCCGCGUGGUGGGCUCCACCUCCAAGACCAAGCUCUCGACGAGGGUGCCACCGAACGACGCCGAGCGUAGCGAGGGCGGCGGCGGGAGCCACGCGGGUUGUAGCCGUGAGACGGGGCCGGGAGUGGUCAUGUCGGAUGACGAGGGUGGCGGGCGGGAGGGGCAUGGGGACGCAGACGCGCCGGGGCUCGGCAGCUUCAGCACGAUGGGCGCCGUGAUCGGGGACUUCAGCCCGCAGUUCAAGUUUUCCUUCACGGACGACAUUCAUCUCGACCUUGGCGGUGGACUGAAGGACGAGCUGCGAGACCUCGAGUCCUUCUCCGAGCACGGGCCGGACCCGCACGGCAGAGGGGGCGAAAUGCUGGCCCUCUCGGCGUCUCGCGCGCAGCAGCUGCUCUCCCGAGGGGGCCCCGCGGUUGUAAAGUCGGAGGUCCUGUCGACGUCGCCCUCUCAGCUAGGAGCGACACGGUCGGGCACGGCCGCGGCAGCUGCGGCUGCGGCGUCGGCGAAAGCCUCGGCGGCCGGUGCCGGAGGAUCGGCGGUGGCGGCCGGCGGCGGCGGCGACGGCGGCACCGACAGCAGCAGCGGCUUCUCGACGAACCACUACGCUUCUGGCGCGGACGCGGCAGCGGGGGGAGAGGCGGCCGGGGCCGGACCUUCGUCGCCGGUGUCGGUCCAAACACGACCGCAUGGGUCGUCGGCGGCGGCGAUUGCGGCGGCGGCGGCGGCAGCGGGAGGCUUCCACGUCGGAGGGCACGGGGGCACGGGAGGAGGAGGGGGCCACGCGGCGGCAGGGGGGGUGACCCCUACCCCCCACGCGCCGAGGGGCAGGCCGGUGGUGUCGGGGAUGGGGAUCAUGGUGGGCGGCGGGCCUAGGGUGGGCAUGGGCGCCGGCGGCGCCGGCGCGGACGGGGAGAAGAAGUUCGUCGGUGCGUACUCUCCGGAGGCGAGGCGGCAGCGGAUAGAACGGUUCCUCGACAAGAGGGAGAAGAGGGUGUGGACGAAGAUGGUCAAGUACGACGUCCGCAAGAACUUUGCUGACACGCGCAUGCGUGUCAAGGGGCGUUUCGUGAAGAAGGAGGACGAGGCGCUUCUGCGCGAGGUUAUGGCGUGCGCCUGAACUUGGCCUAGCUUCUUCGCCCAAGGGCAACAGAGGCAGGGGUGGCGGCAGGUUGCGAACGCAGGCCGGGCCCUCGUCUCCUGCUGGUGUCGGUACAAAAACGGUUCGUCUUGUGUGAUGUGAAUGUUACGAACAUACCCCGGCGGAUCGAGAGCCACAAGACUACGUUUGCGUUUGUAAGGUUAUCGGCUGGCGCAAGGGCUACCCGCUUGGCUCUCGAGCCAGCCAAAUCUGUGUCUUUCCCCCCCAUACAUGAUAAUACAAAGCUGCUUGUGCUAAAUAGAGCCCAACAUGCUUCCACAUUAAAGUAACGACCGGGGGGGGAGGGAGGAGAAGGAGGAAGAUGAACGUUGUCGUGCGUGAGCUCACGUUUGUUGGAGUUUUUUUUCGCGAUGUGAUUCUCUGGGUGAAGUCGGAUGCGGAUUUGCCGCCCGGGCUUCUGCUCGAGGUGGUUUGCAGUCUUUGUUUUGGUUGAUGUCGUGUGUUUUGGCCUCUUUUUGUGUCUACUUGUAGCAGAAAGCGUGACGGAUGUUGAAGUUUCGGCUGUUGUGAAAAACGAAAUAUCGGAAGCGGAGGAACCUUCGCGUUGCCCUUGGUUCGUGCGAAUGUUGCUGCUGCCUCAUUUGAACGGACGGGUGGUGAGUGUAUGUCCCAUGAUAGGGACGAAGAGGGGAAGACAAGCCGAACAGGGCAGAGCUUUGAACAGGAAGCGUGUCCGCGCGGGUUGGGGAGGUACUUGUUUGGUGUGCGGGAUGAUCUUCCGGUUUACGCCGUGUGGCGGUUGUGUGUCCCCGCCUUCCCGCCGCCAUCGUUAGCGUUGCCAAGUGCGUUGCUGCGUGGCGCGGCGAGGUAAAAAGGUAGAGGCAAGGCAAUCGCUACUCAUUUCGGUGUAUUAUCAUGGUUGUAGAGCACACAAACCCGCAUUCUACUCUUCUUGGUCUUUAGUGUUGUUCUUUUGAUGGAAUCUUGUUUAGUUCUCUACGCGCCGUUCCCUGUAUCUCUU